CCACUCUCUCUCUUCUCUCUUUCCCUUCCCCGCAGCGCGCCGUGCCGUUAUUCCCCCCUUUUCUUUCUCUGUUCCUGUUUCUUUUUCUCGGCGCUUUCUCAGAGCACAAUCACUCCCUUUGGAGAAAAGGGGUCGAAAAUAAAGAAAACCAAGGCCACUGAAGAGCGAGGACGACGAAGGUAAUUUUUCACAGACGGCGGCGGCUUCUUCUUGCUGUUUCUGCGGUUUGCUGUGGUGUUUAGUAGCCGCCAUGGGAGCUAUGUCUCCUCUCGCUGCUCCUUGGGUACCAGAGGACGAUCUUCUCUUGAAGAAUGCCGUCGAGGCAGGUGCUUCCUUGGAGUCACUUGCUAAAGGCGCCGUGCAGUUUUCGAGAAAAUUCACAAUUCGUGAACUGCAAGACCGCUGGCAUUCUCUCCUAUACGAUCCAAUCGUGUCUGAGAAAGCUGCUUUAAGGAUGAUUGAGUUUGAGUGCGCUUCAUCAGCUCUUCCAUCGAAAUUUACCAGGUGUGGGAAUUCAAAGGAUAACAAAUGUAUUACUGGAAAAAGGGGAGCUGAAAGUAUCCGUUCUAGUUACUAUGCUUUGCGUAAAAGAAUCCGUAAUCAGCCAUUUGAAUCCAUUGAUCUGGAUUUUCUUAUGGGCCCCUGUGAUAACAAUUAUGUUGGAAGUGGAGAUGUCCCUUUACAUGGACACUGCAUGCUAGGAGGUCCAGUUCAAGGUCUUGCACUUCGGGAAUCCAACAUGGAUGUCCUGCGCCAUACGUUGACUGAAAUUGAGUUUGGUAAUGGUGAUCCAGUCUUUCAUUCGCACUUUGAGAAUACAGUUCAAGGAGAUUUUCUAAUGCAGCAAGAUAAUCUUCCUAGCGAGAUGGCAAGUAUGAUGGGGGAGAAUUUGUCUCACUCUGGCAAUGGAACAGUAGUGGACGAAUUUUGCAUGCCAGAUAGAUUAUCCUUGAACGGUGACCAGGUACAAGGAUGCCCAAAUUUUAAUGGAGACCAAGGGUUUAGUUCAGAGGCUCUGGAAUGUGGGUCACAAUUUGAAACUUUGGAGUACUCGUGUCCACUUACUGCGAUCCCGCAUUGGGCUUCUGGUGAAGGCAUGACGACGAUGCCUGCUGAACCUGCUGACAAUGGUUUGAGAGGAAAAGAGCUUCGUGCGGGGGAUGGGUUUUCUCUUCACAUCGAUGCUGCUGCUGCUAAAGAUGCGGAUCAAUCAGGAUAUAAUGGUAUGGCGCACAUGGACUCUGAUUUGAGGUUAGAGAUACCAAGUGAGGAGGAGCUAAAAGAUGCUACUAUUGGAACAGAGGGUUAUCUGGCUGAACUUUCACACUCUCUAUUGAACCUUACAAAUGACGACGAGCUUCUAUUCAUGGAUGUCGAUGGGAAAGAUACAAUCAUUGAUAAGUCUUACUAUGAUGGCCUCAGUUCCCUGUUGUUGAGUUCACCCAGUCGCGAGGCCAGUCAAGAUCAUCUGACUCCGAGUGUUGAUCAUCCUGAAAAUCAGUUGAACACAAGUCCUGUUCAAGUGUUGGAUGAAGAUAUCAGAAUGCACCAUGGGAGAGAUUCUGUUUGCACUGAUGAGGUCCAGUGCCUUGACACUCCAUCAACUUCAUACUCUGACUUAUCUGAACUCAAUUGUGAAGUUGUUUGCUGUGUGCUGAGCACAGAAGAUCCUGAGGUACCAUGCAAUGAUCAUGUUGUCUUUACCAACAAUCACUCACGUCGCAAGACAGUUGCAACUGUACCAAAACGACCUCUACAACCUUCUGGCAAAUUGAAUUCUUCCAUAAAAGCAACGACCAACAAUCAACAAAGAAGUAGCAAAGGGGGAAAACCAUUGUUGCAGACGGAUUUGGGAAAUCCAGGGAAACCUCCCAAGUCUUCUCAGUUAAUAAGUUCACAAAAAACGACACCAGAGGUUACCGUUCAUCGUUCAGUUGGUCAUCCUGGAGUUAGAGUUGAGUUUGCCAGGAAUGAUUCCACUGAAAGGGCUGCCGCCAGUGUUCUUGUUAAUGAUGAUUCAACCAUUCAAGUAAAGUCAUCAAAGGAUAGAAAUAGUGCAAGUCACAUGCCUGCUCAGAUGACGAAAGAAACUUCAGGGACUGCCGUGGCAAGGCAUAUGAGCCACAGUAACACUGGCUUGUUAAUGGAAAGGCCAGCAGCUGCCGUUUCUAACGAACAUGAUACGUCUUGUCGCGUGACAAAUGCCGGUGGUGUUAAACAAGAAAUAGAUCCUUCAUCAUCAGGGUUUCCGGUUCAUCAAGGUUCAGUUGAUGCUGUCGUGCCUGUCAAUAAUUCUUCCUUGGAACAAGGAGCAAAGAGUACGUCGGAUCAAGAAGACGUACUGCUAGAAAGUGAAGAUGAUGUCCCAUAUUUUUCAGAUAUUGAAACAAUGAUACUUGAUAUGGACUUAGAUCCAGAAGAGCAGGACUUAUUCUCCAACGACCAAGUGUUGAGAUACCAGCAAGAGGAAACAAAGACAGCAAUCUUGAGGAUGGAACAGAGCGCACAUGCGUAUACGCAAAGAGCCAUUGCUUCACAUGGAGCUUUUGCUGUUUUAUAUGGUCGUUAUUCAAAGCAUUAUAUCAAGAAGUCCGAGGUUUUGCUGGGUCGGGGGACAGAAGACACUUCCGUCGACAUUGACUUGAGUAGAGAAGGACGCGCGAACAAAAUAUCCAGACGACAGGCGAUCAUUAGUCUGGACGAAAGUGGAUGUUUCCAUCUGAAGAACGUAGGCAAAUUUUCCAUCUCAGUCAAUGACAAGGAAAUAACCCAUGGACAGAGUCUAAACCUUACUCCCAGUUGUCUAAUCGAGAUAAGAGGGAAGCCUUUCGUGUUCGAGAUAAACCAAAGCUGUGUGAAGAGGCAUCUCAACCGCGCAACGACCAAAGAGCUGAAGUGAAGCAGGCAGAUGGUCCUCGGCAGGUGGCCGGAAACGAUUGACCAGUUAUCCCUUCUCUCCAUC